AUGAAACUAGGCGACGGCCAAGGCAACCAAUACAUCUCCUUCGUCUCCUCCUUCGUCUACGCGCUCCUAACCAACCGAAUCUUCCUUCUAUACACGGAUAUGGGGCCGGGGAAGGUGAUGUGCCCGCCGUUUGAGGGCAUGGGCGAGCGGUGGCAUCUGUUCAAUGGGAGUAUGCAGUCCGUGGACCUUUACCUUUCGUCCGUGGUGGCGCGCAAAGGGAUGCAGUUCUUUCCAGAGCGGUUGGAUGUGCUGGUUAAUGGUACCAGUGGCACGAAUGGCACCAUGCCCGCCCCGACCAUAGCCAACAUCCCCAUAUACCACAACACGCCAAACACUUCCCUCUUUUUCUGCGAGUCAGAGCAAGCCUUCCUGGCCACCAUCCCCUCGCUCAUCCUCCUCUCCAACCAAUACUUCCUCCCGGCGCUCCUCCACGUGCCCUCCUUCCGCCGCCACCUCAACGACCUCUUCCCCUCCGGCCGCAUCUUCCAAACUGUCUCGCAGCUCAUCAUGUUCCCAAAGAAUUCAAUCUGGGCGGCAGUGACGGAGAAUAUCCGAGCCCGCGCGCUCCCGGCGGGCGCUCGCAUCGGGCUGCAGUUCCGGCAUGCUUCGGAGCUAGCCAUGCGCCAUGCGGUCAUGUGUAUCACCCGCCUGCAGCAGCACCCCGUGCUUGUGGAGGCUCGGGCGAAGAAUGGAGCGGCGGGAGGUGCAGGGGGUGCGGGGGCGGAUGCUGCUGGGGGAGGGGGGACUGGGGGAGGUGGGGCUGUUGGGGUGGUAACUGGGGGAGCUGGGGUGGAGGCAGGUGGUGUGGGGAACGGAGGAGAAGGAAGGGACGGCCUGGGGGGGUUAUCUGGUGGGAGUGGGACUGUUGUCGGCUCGGAUAUCAUUCUCACCUCCCCUGCCUCCACCUUUGGUUAUCUCCUCUCUUCUCUCUUCGGCCGCCCGUCUUUCUUUGUCGCGGCUAGCUGCCAACAGAUGCCACUCGAGCCUUGCUUCCAGCACCCUCCGCAUGGGUUCAAGUGUCCCAGUGGGGAGGUUAUUGGGGAUGCAGAGUCGUAUAACAGAUCGGAUCCAAAUUUACCAUUUGAGCGCUGUCCUGAUAAUGUUAAUGGAUUGUCCCUUAUUGUGGGGCAUUAA